AUGUCGGACCGCACCCUCAGCGUGCGCGCCACGUUCGUGGGCGACGCCAGCCGACCGGCGCUGCGUCUGGCCACGGUGCGGCCUGAGGACGCCGCCCUCUACCGCUGCCGGGUCGACUUCCAGCUCAGUCCGACCCGCAACCAGCGGGUUCGGCUAACAGUCAUCAUUCCGCCCAGCCCGCCAGUGGUGACCUUCCGCGGUCGGCCCGUGUCCGGCAAGAUUGGCCCCCUGGCGGAGGGCGAGCCUCUCGAAGUCACUUGCCUCUCGCACGGUGGCUACCCGGCCCCGCGGGUCACGUGGUCCCGUGACGACCGCCUAUUGGACGACUCGGACGGACCGGACGGGUCAGGGCGGGUCAUCAACGUGCUGCGGCUGCCUCCUCUGGGUCGCGAGGACCUGCACACCCGGCUGGUCUGCUCGGCGACCAACAACAACAUCAGUCGACCGGUUACCACCCAGGUCGUCCUCGACAUGUACUUCCGGCCGCUGGAUGUGGAGAUUCUUGGCUCGUCCAGGGCGUCUAUGCAGUCGGGCAUGCUGUACGCGCUCGUGUGCCGCACGUACGGCUCCAGACCGCCGGCCAACAUCUCCUGGUGGGUUCAAGACCGGCGCGUUCUGGGAGCCCAGCUCACGGAGUCCGGACUGGGCAACAUCACCAGCAGCACGCUGCCCUUCAAGCCGCGCCCCACCGACAACGGCAGAGAGAUCACGUGCAGGGCGGAGAACAGCCUGGUCUCGGGUGGCACGAUCGAGGAUAAGAGGCUGCUCAACGUAGACGACAACGGCAGAGAGAUCACGUGCAGGGCAGAGAACAGCCUGGUCUCGGGCGGCACGAUCGAGGAUAAGAGGCUGCUCAACGUCAGGUUCCCGCCCAUCAUCAGUUUGCGGCUCGGUAAUGCACUGGACGCCGAGAACAUCCGGGAGGGUGCCGACGUCUACUUCGAGUGCAACGUCCGGGCCAACCCGGCCGUCUACAGCACCGUCUGGUCACAUAACGAGAGGCCGGUGCGGCCGAGCCCGCGCGCCGGCGUCAGCGACAUGGUCAGCAUCAACGAGCGCAGCCUGGUGAUCCGCAACCUGAGCCGCCGCUCGGCCGGCGCGUACCGGUGCCGGGCGGCCAACCCGGAGGGCGAGGCUGUUAGCCGGCUCGUCCACCUCAGCGUCAAGUACGCGCCCGUGUGUGUGUCGGGCCAGAAGAGCCGGUACGGCACGGCCCGGAACGAGGCGGCGCGCGUCAUAUGUCAGGUGGAGGCCAGUCCGGCGGACGUCAUCUUUAGGUGGCAGUUCAACAGCUCGGCAGAGACGCUCGACCUGCCAUUCUCACAGAUUGUCUCACGGGGCCUGGAAAGCCGCUCCUCCUACACGCCCAAGACGGAGCUGGACUACGGUACGCUGCUCUGUACGGCGGAGAACGACAUCGGUCCCAUGGUCAAGCCCUGCGUCUUCAACAUUGUUCCUGCUGGUCCUCCGGAGCCGUUGCGGAACUGCACCGUCAUCAACCAGACGUCCGACUCGCUGGAGGUGAAGUGUGCGGCCGGCUUCGACGGCGGUCUGCCGCAGUACUUCGUGGCCGAGCUGUUUGACGUGGUUGGCCGGCGGCUGGUGCGCAACCUCACCCGGCCCUUCCCCCACUUCGCGGUGCUGGAGCUGCCGCCGGGGCUGGAGCUGCGGCUCGAGCUGUACGCGGCCAACAGCCGCGGACGCAGCCGAGCCAUCACGCUGGACGGCUUCACGCUUAAGGCGGCCGAGAAGCGCAUCAGCAGCAGCAGCGGCGGCGGCGGCGGCGGCACGGACCAGCCUGCAGAACCGGCGGAGGAGCAGCGGUUCACUGUGACGCCGAUCCUGGGCGUCCUGAUCGGCAUCGUGGCCUCCCUCAUCAUUGUCGCCAUCGGCGUGGUGGCGUGCAUCAAAGGCAGCAGGUCAGGGGCCCAGCUGAUGGCGUAG